AAAAAGUUAGCGGCGUUGGAUUAAAUUUAUGAAGAAGGUUUGGUGGGCAUCACAAGCAACGUAGCAGACUCCACACUUUCACACACAAAAUACAGUCAUACUCCAAAAAAAAUCACAAUUAAAGUCAAAAAGUAAUUAAUUUUUGAUAAGUGUAACUACUUAUAAAUACUUCCUAAGUUAACACCAUUUUUUGUUGUCAUAAAAUUCCUCCUUAUUUUCCUCCUAAUCUUAUGCAUUUCGUUAAACACUUGAAUUCCUCUGUUUUCUUCUUUCUACCAUCUUUUUAAAUUUUUAUUUUCUCAUUUUUUGUUCUUCUACAUAUAAUAAUAAGAUUAAGAAAAAGGGUAUAAAUUGGGAAUAUCCUCCAUUAUUUUGGGAGUGUGUUAAUUCUUAUGAUAUUUUAGAUCAUUUAAAAGAUUUAAGAUUUAGCUAAUAGGGUUUUUUUUUUUUUCUUUCUUUCUUUUUUCUUCUUCUUCUAUAUACAAAAAUACAAGUAAAACAAAAAUGAAGGAGAAAGUAUUGGAUUAUUUUUUGGUUCCUUUGGGUUUAUUGAUAAUGGUGGGAUACCAUGUUUGUCUUUUUUACAAAAUUAUGAAACAACCCACCAAAACUGUCGUUGGGAUACAUGCUAUUAAUCGACGUUUAUGGGUUGAGGCUAUGAUGGAGGAUACAAAGAACGCAGUAUUAGCAGUACAAACACUGAGGAACAACAUAAUGGCAUCAACCCUCUUGGCAUCAACAGCCAUCAUGCUUAGCUCAGUGAUCGCGGUGCUUAUGACAAGCAGAGGCAGUGGCAGUAUGUUCGGUCUUGUAUUAGGGGACGCGAGCCAAAUGGGAUUCUCUGUUAAGUUUUUCAGCCUUGUGGUAUGCUUCCUCUUGGCCUUCUUGCUAAAUGUGCAAUCGAUAAGGUAUUAUAGUCAUGCUAGCAUCCUCAUCAAUGUACCAUUCAAGAAGGUUUCUUCUCCAUACAUGACUGCUGAUUAUGUAGGGAGGAUUGUUAAUAGAGGAGGCUACUUCUGGUCCCUCGGAUUGCGUGCCUUCUACUUCUCGUUCCCAUUGUUUCUUUGGAUCUUUGGUCCUAUACCUAUGUUCUGCAGCUGCAUUUCUUUGGUUAUCUUGUUCUAUUUCUUAGAUUUCACAGUCGAAUUUGGUGCUUUGAGUGAUGAUGAAUGUGUGUUGGAUGGUCAUGAUGAAGAACAAGCUAGGUAGAUGACUUUGUUAAAAACAUAGUUUCAUGUAUGGUGGGUUGUUUGUAGUUCGACUAGGUUUCCUUUAGGUAGGAUCAUCAACUGAUAUCUCAUAGAAACAUCAUAAAUAAUUACAAAAGCAACUCAAAUUCAAUCAAAGUUGAGUUGAGUUGCAUUAUAGUGCAACAUACUUCUUUGGUUUGUAGUAAUUUUGUAUGUUACUUUAGUAGAUUUAAAUUUGC